AAACUCCUAACUGUCUCACCGAGGACUGGCAGCACCAGUGACGUUGUAACAGAGAAAUCUGCAGACUUCAAAAUGUCACUAUCCGGAUGGGUUUGUGUGGUGACGGGUGCCUCCAGAGGUAUUGGCAAAGGUAUUGCCCUGCAGCUAUCUGAAGCCGGAGCCACUGUCUACAUUACCGGGCGCUGCGAGAAGACUCUAAAUGAAACCGCUGCUGAGGUUAAAGAACGAGGUGGCAACUGUGUGCCAGUUAAAUGUGACUCUACAAAAGACCAAGAUAUUGAAGAACUCUUUGAACAAAUUAAACGUGAACAACAUGGCAGACUGGACAUUCUGGUUAAUAAUGCCUAUGCAGGAGUUCAGGCUAUUUUUGAUAAUAUGGGAAGACCGUUUUGGGAAACUGAUCCAAGUAUGUGGGAUACGAUCAACAACACAGGUCUCAGAGGGCACUAUAUCUUCUCUGUCUUUGCCUCACGUUUAAUGGUUGCUCAAGGGAAUGGUUUGAUAGUCACCAUUUCAUCUAUGGGUGGGCUGCGCUAUCUCUUUAAUGUUGCAUAUGGAGUCGGUAAAGCUGCGUGUGACAGACUGGCAGCUGACAUGGCCUUUGAGCUCAGAAAACGAGGAGUAGCUUCUGUGAGCCUCUGGCCGGGACCAGUGCAAACAGAAAUGAUCUCACAGUUUGUAUUGGAGAAAAGUGUACCACAGGGUGUUGAUCCAAAGAUAAAAGAUGUGUUUGUCAAUGGGGAAACUACUGAAUUGAGUGGGAAAUGUAUCGUCAACUUGGUAAAAGAUAAAAAUCUGAUGUCCUUAACUGGCAAAAUUCUCAUGACUUCUGACCUUGCACGGAGAUAUGGAAUCAAAGAUAUUGAUGGGCGCAGUGUGACUGAUUACACCUCCCUAAAAUUCCUCCUGGCACAGUCUCCUUACCUGUCAUGGCUCUCACCUGUGGUUCCAUCUUUUAUAAGACUGCCACGCUUUGUGUUGGCUUUGGCCAGUAGUCGCUUCUGAGUUCAGUUCAUCUACUCAUGUAACACUAGAUUGACCCUCACACUUUUUUGUGUUUGUCAGCUCAUACUAUUCUCUAUCAUUGAAUGAAGUUUUCUAUGAAAGUUCCAAAAUUGUAGCGCAUAUAGGCAUACUGUGAUUAUUGAUUUGCACCGUGUUAAAAUGAAGUAGCUUCACCUGAUAUAAAUAAUUGCUGAAAAAGAA